UUCUCAGAAACUCAAGGUGUACCUGCAGGCCAAGAGGGCUGAGAAGAUGGACAAAGAGUCCACAGGACUCCAGCGGACCAUGACUACUGAUAAGGACCAUUUCUGUGAGCUGUGUAACAUGGUGUUUAGUUCCCAAGUGGUGGCAAAAUCACACUAUGAUGGCAAAGUCCAUGCAAAACAUCUUCGUAAACAAGGUCUUCAGCCCCAAGUUACAGACACGUACACAGAGGUGCAUACUUUCCCAAGUCUGAUUCGGGAACCUGAUGAUGCUGACCAGAAAUCAGCCCCACUGGGUGGUAUAGAGCAUAUUCUGGACCCAACGGCCACCACAGCUACCCCCAUCACAGAGGUUGAUCUGAAGGAGCCUAACAAGUACUGUGCCCUGUGUGCUGCUUCUUUCAACAAUCCCCAAAUGGCUUUGCAGCACUACAAUGGACGCAAACACCAGAGGAAUCAGGCCAGACAGGACCUGCUCAAAGGGCUUGGAGACGAUGUCCAACAAGCCAACUCCCUGAUAUGUCAGAUGUGUAGCGUGCAAUUUAACUCUGUGGAGAUGUACCAGGCCCAUAUGCAAGGAAACAAACACCAGAUUAGGGAGAAAAAGGUUGUCGACUUGUGCCAAUCCCAACAAAAAGACUACAACACAUUUGCAGAUGAACUGGCAGAUUACAUUCAGGUUCAGAAGGCUCGUGGAAUCACCCCCAAGGCCGGUCACGUCCUCCCUGUGGGUGAUGCACAAAAAGAGGGUGAGGAAGAUGAAAAAGAAGAGGAAGCAUUUAACAAGGGGGAUAUCAUUGAACCCAACAAACGUAUGCCCAACCUCCCUCCCACCUCUAACCCUCCUCAUCACUCCCGCCCUGGCUCUUACUUCCCAGUUGGAGGCUGGCGUCCUCCAUAUCAGGGCCCACCCUGGCCUUCCCAUCCCUGGGAUUACAGCUGCCCUCCUCCAGUCCUCCCAGGCGCAGGCUCUCCACUGUUCACUAAACCACUCACAAAUAGUAGGAGGCGCAGAAAGCAGUUGAGCUCCUCCUCGUGUACUACUUCAUCAUCUUUCUCCUCCUCCUCCUCUAGUAGUAGCACAAGUGACAGUGAUGACAGUGAAUGCAGGCGCAGAGAAAAGAGGAGGAUUAGAAGAUCCAGGAGGGAGGGAGACAAGAAGGACAGGGAUGAGGACUCGGACAAGGAGGAGAAGAGGAGGAAGCGACGGAGAAGAGAAAGAGAUAAUGACUCAGAGGAGAGGAGAAGAGAGGAAUCUGGAGAGUCCGAGAAAGAGAGCAGGAGAAAAAAGCGAAAAAAUCAUGGCAAGCAGAGAAGACGAGAAAAUAAAUCUCGGGAGGAGGACUUUGAGGUGAAAGGAGUUGAAAGGGUGAUGGACAAUUUAAUACCAGAGGACAUGAUGGACAAUAGAAAAGAGACUGAAGUGCAUAUUCAGGCUGAAACUAAUGUUGAGCAGGAGGAGGGUGGACAAGACGAGCCAGCCAAACCAAAAUACAGGAAAGAGAAGAAGAAAACAAAAGAGAAAGUAGACACUAGGACGGAGGAGGAGAAGCUGUGGGAUGACUCCAUUCUGGGCUGUUAAACUCAAAAGCCUCAGUCUGUUGAACUGCUGAUAUUCAAGCAAAACAUGGAGUUAUUGUGAUCAUGACAUUUGAAAUCUCAUAAACCGUUUAUUUAAGAAAAAAAUGGAUAAACAUCACAUAUUUACAGAUAGUAAAAGGCAAGUUUUACUGUCUGCUCUGACAGCCCAAAAGUGUUGUACAUAGGUGUGCUAGCUGGCUAGCCAUGUUUAGUCAAUUUGUGUUUGUGAGGAAUGAAUGUAUUGUUUCUCACACAUAUCCACAGCUAUAUUAGCUUUAAUUUUCACUAAGACACUUAAUAAUAUAUUUGAUCGAAUUAAUUUGCACAUCUUCACUUAUUGUUUGCUGUACUAUUUAAGAUAUUUUAUUGUUAGCCUAUCAUUGAAAUGAUCAAUAAGUCCAUUUGACUUAUUAAUACAUCAAUAUGUUUCUGUGUCUGUGCUUCUGGUGGGGGUUUGUGGUCCUUUCAGCAGCCUGUUGUGGGCACUGUUGAGCUUCAUUCAGAGCAUCAGUAAAGGAAGUAGUUUCAUUUCCUUUGAAACUCUGUGUGCUUUCAGAGGCACACAGGCUUUUGAAAGAAGGCUAUCUGAGUUCAUCUCUGAUAGACGACACAGGUU